CCAAUAUCAGGCUGCCAAUGCGGAAGGUUGCAGUAGUUCAUUCCUAGGGAAGGUUUUAGUGUGUCUUGAGAAGUUUUUCUUUAGCUGAGUUGAUUUCUUCUGGAGUUGUGAGCAGGACGAGGAAAGGCAUAGAGACACUGCCAUGCCUCCUACAGGUAGCGACUCAGGGCGGGAAGAGCUGAAAGGCCGGCUUAAGCAACUGAUCGAAAAUAAGCGUGUUGUAGUUUUUAGCAAGAGCUCUUGUCCCUUCUGCAUUCAGGUUAAACAACUCUUCAAAUCUUUGGAUGUGCAAUGCCAUGUUGAAGAACUUGACUUGCAGGAUGAUGGCGUUACUAUUCAGGAUGUGCUGUUUGAAAUGACUGGACAGAAGACCGUUCCGAAUGUAUUUGUCAACAAGUCACACGUGGGUGGCUGCGAUAAAACUCUUGAGGCUCACAAAAAUGGGUUACUGAAGAAACUCUUGGAAGGAGAAGAGAAAUACGAUUAUGAUCUCAUUGUCAUUGGAGGGGGUUCUGGUGGACUUGCGUGUUCAAAGGAAGCUGCUUCAUUAGGAAAAAAGGUCAUGGUUCUGGACUUCGUUGUUCCAACACCACAGGGCACCACAUGGGGACUUGGAGGCACAUGUGUAAAUGUUGGCUGCAUCCCGAAGAAGUUAAUGCAUCAGGCUGCACUUCAUGGACAUUCACUUCAAGAUUCUCGCAAAUUUGGAUGGGAAUUUUCAGAGAAAGUUCAGCACAACUGGGAAGCUAUGACAGAAGCCAUUCAGAAUUAUAUUGGAUCUUUAAAUUGGGGUUACAGAGUGGCACUACGAGAUAAAGCAGUGACUUAUUUGAAUUCUUUUGGCGAAUUUGUCGAACCACAUAAAAUCAAGGCAACUGAUAAAAGAGGCAAAGAGACUUUUCACACAGCAGCAUAUUUUGUGUUAGCAACAGGAGAAAGACCACGGUACCUUGGUGUGCCUGGUGAUAAAGAGUACUGUAUUACUAGUGAUGACCUUUUUUCCUUGAGUUACUGUCCUGGAAAGACUCUCGUUGUUGGCGCUUCCUAUGUUGCACUGGAAUGUGCAGGUUUUCUAGCUGGAAUUGGGUUGGAUGUCACAGUUAUGGUGCGUUCCAUACUACUACGAGGUUUUGACCAACAAAUGGCAAAUAACGCUGGAAAAUACAUGGAAGAAAAUGGUGUCAAAUUUAUUAAAAAGUUUGUACCAACUAAGAUAGAACAGCUUGAAGCAGGCCAGCCAGGAAGAUUGAAAGUGACUGCAAAGUCCACUGAGAGUGAGGAUACCAUCCAAGGAGAAUACAAUACUGUUUUGAUAGCUGUUGGCCGGGAUGCUUGUACUGGUAAAAUUGGUCUUGAGAAAGUUGGUGUGAAGGUUAAUGAAAAGAAUGGGAAGAUACCUGUUAAUGAUGAGGAACAGACGAAUGUUCCUCAUGUUUAUGCAAUAGGAGAUAUCUUGGAUGGAAAACUAGAGCUUACUCCAAUUGCCAUUCAGGCAGGCAAACUGCUAGCACGUCGACUUUUUGGGGGCUCUUCCAUAAAGUGUGAUUACAUCAAUGUUCCAACAACAGUGUUUACACCUUUGGAGUAUGGCUGCUGUGGGUUAUCCGAAGAAAAAGCCAUAGAGUUUUACGGGGAGGGCAGCAUUGAGGUUUAUCAUAGUAACUUUUGGCCUCUAGAAUGGACUGUUCCGGGUGGAAGCAAUAACUCAUGCUAUUCAAAAAUUAUCUGCAAUAAACUAGAUAGGGAGCGCAUAGUGGGACUCCAUGUUCUUGGCCCAAAUGCUGGUGAAAUAACCCAAGGUUUUGCUGCUGCCAUGAAGUGUGGGAUCACAAAGGAGCAGCUGGAUUCUACAAUUGGCAUACAUCCAACAUGUGCAGAGGUGUUUACUACAAUGGAAAUCUCCAAACGUUCUGGAGCAGAUAUUACCCAGAGAGGCUGCUGAGGUUAAACCCUGCUGUUGCUUGUUGUCCUGUAAUGGCACUCUGUUGCAUGGCUAGAUAAAUUGUGUACUCUGGUAGGAUAAAAAAGGCAAGGCUGUAUUCAGGCUAGUAUGUUAACACACAAUAUCCUGGAGCCUUAAGUCAUACAAUGAAGAGUGCUGUCUGGGGCAUAGUGCAACAGUGGGGUAACCUUGGAAUUAAACCACAUCUUGCUUGGCAAGGCAUAUGAGUGAAAGGAUUGCCUUUGUGAUGUCUUAGCCUGUAACCCUUAGCAAGGGAGGGCUGUGACUGAUAAUUGUCGAGCUGAAUCUGUGAAGUUUCUCACCCUUUUACAUAGUCUGAGCUUCCUUCAGAGGGACCGCAGUUAUUUUAACCACCUUUUUAGAGUGACAUGUAAAAGAUGGAAAUAGUUAUAACUGGUUGCAUUUUGUGUAGUCAUUUUCUCAGCAUCUUUCAGAAAAUUAAGUUUUGCAAGUUACCAUUUUGUUAACCCUUUUGAAAAUGGCAGGAAAUAGAUACAGGAGCUUUACCAUUCAAGCCCAGCUGCCUGUGUCGUGGUGUACAAGUUUUUUCAUUAGAUUUUCAGAAAUGAACUUUGGAAUUUUUAAAAUGCCAAAUUGCUUAUUUUAGUAAUUUAUAACAUUACAUUGAAUUGCCAUUUCAUUUCUGGACCAUUUUGGGUAACAUUUGGUAUUUAUUCAAGUUUAACUUAUUUCUUGUAUUUUUGUUAAAAGAAAUUGUUGCCGUCUCUCCUAGCAGCAACUGUAAAACGUUGUCUGCAAAUAAUGUGCUUAUUGAAUAUUAACUUGUAUCAGAAGAGUUCAAGCCAUUAUCAGUUUAACAGAGCCGUAGUUAUUUAUUUUAAAGAUGAUGUACAAACUGCAAGUAUAUUUCUCUGUAUUUUGCAUGCUUUGAUAAAGGUGGGUUAAAAACCUGUACAGAAGUUAAAAAAAUAAAUAAAUAAAUGACGUGUACAUAUUUUUAACUAAGAAAUGUGGUUGAAGUCAUGUAAAAUAGUCUCAUUAAAUAAGAUUUACAGUUGA